GAUCAAGAAACUACGCAGACCGAAAUCCCAUGUGAGCACCACAUCGUGUUUGAUUGCCGGUUACGAAUUCAAGCAUGCUGUAGGAGAAAGAAACGCGCCAUGGCUACUCGAGGCGCAACUGAGACGGAUGUGAAGCUGCGGUUAGCGCAUGCGUUCGGUGUCUACCCAAGUCCCAUCAAGGAUGCGGUGAUCUCCUUGGGUGAAGACACCUUCGCCUUCUGCGUGGGUCGUCAUGUGGCGCUAUGCCACCAACACCGACAGCGGUUGUCCUUCCUGGGCAGAGAUGCCAGGCAUCGUAUCAUUACUGCUAUGACAAAGUCUCACAAUGGGAAGUUUCUGGCGAUUGGCGAGCGCGUGGGGUCUGAAGAUGGAUCCAACCAACAUGCGGCGCAGAUUAGUGUCGUCGGCGUGUCGAAGGCAGACCUCUUGGGUGAGACCAAGGAUUUCAAGGAUGAGACGCUUAAAGUCUUGCAUCCCAGCAACAAGAGGUUGGACAUCAUAGGCCUCGCCUUUACGGGUGAUGGGAAACACCUCAUCUCUGUUUCCAGCAUGCCCGAUGCCACAGUGUCCUUUUGGCGCUGGGAUGUGGAGAAGUUGAUGUCUUCACAUGACAUGCAAACGCCCGUGAACCGCGUCUUGGUGAACCCCAGCAAUGUCACGCAAUUCUCGGUCGGAGGGCAUGCUUAUUUGCGCCUCUGGGACUUCAACCCCAACGACCAGGGACUCACUGAGAAUCCGUCGCUGUUCCCGUUGAAGCAGGAGAAGCAAAUGAAGGUCGUGGACCAUUGCUGGGCAUUGUCCAUCUUCCUGUGUGCCGCCAGCGAGGAUGGCCACAUCCACAUCUUUCAAGAUGGCGAGUUAGUCCAGGAUGUGGAUGUGCGGGCUCAGAUCAAAAGUGAUGAAUCCACAGGGCCCAAGGCCGUGGAAAAGGAACAGGCUCGACAGCUGGCGAACCUCAUGGGCGAGGCGGGGCCUGGUACGGCGGAUGCGCCCCCGGUGCGCAUCACCACGAUCACGGCUUGGUUUCAAGGCUUCGUGGUGGGUGGCGACCAGGGAUACCUCGGGGUCUUCCGCAUCGAUGCCAAAGCCCAGGUGGACUCCGUCGGCACCUUCCGGAUGCCCGGCGAGAAGGCAAUGAUGUGGAAUAUGAGCACCAGCACCGAGGAAAGCAGCCUGGUGAUCCUAUCCUACGAGGAGCACGAGACAGAGUCCAUGGCCAGCAGCGGUACACGAUCCCGCGGGAACAGUGCCUCCAGGCAAUCCACAAGGUCGCGCGCUUCUUCGGCCAACACCGGGGGGCGGAUGCGGCCCAUGGGUGCCAAGUGGUCACUGCACACGUUUCCAAUGGCGCAGGCAGACUUAGUUGGUACCGGCCAGUUGGAAGUAUUCACGCCGGUCUUCCGCUUUGGAGCGCACCACGGUUCGGUGACCUCCCUGAAGCCGGCCUUUAGUCGCCGGAUGGUCGCCAGCUGUGCGGAGGAUCGGAGCUUGAAGUUGUGGAGCUUCCCGACAGAGGAACAAGAAGCGCAGGCGAUGUCUUUGCCCUUCUCGGCGGAGCUCAGUCUGCAGGUCUCCAGCUACGAGUGUGCCAGUGCGCUAGCAGUGCAUCCGCUGGGCUUUCAGAUCGCAGCCAUCCUGGAGGACAUCGUCCGCAUCUAUCAUUUGACGCCGAUACAAGCUACUAGAACGCAGUUCGAUUUGCCACUGAAGAAUCCCGGGGGCGUGGCCUACUCCAAUGGCGGGAGCUUGUUGGCGGUGUCCUCGGAGAACGACGUCGCCUUGAUCGAUCCCUGGAGGGCCGUGGUGAUCCACCUGUUCAGUGGGCGUGGCGGUGGGCACGUCUCUCCGGUGAACCGGGUGCUCUUUUCGGAGGACGACCGCUGGCUGCUCUCGAGCGGGACCGCGCCACACGGGGCGAUCUACGGCUGGGAUUUGUCCACGCCGGCGAGGGAACGAUGCUUUGAACAUGUUUGUAAGCACUCGACCUACACAGAUUUCAGCUUCGACGCGCGUCAAGGGUUGGUGGUCGCCUGCCGCGAACCCGAGGGCCACUUACGCGUCAUCGGGCACCUGAGCUCGCCUCAGUACGAGAUCCAACCUGAGAACAAGCAAAGCGCCUUCACAUGCCAAUGUCUUGCUGCUGCUUUGGGCUUGCUGCUGGCUGGCACACGACAAGGCAGUGUGCGCAUCUACCGCUGGCCCUUCCAGGUUGGAUCUGCUGCUUUGACGGAAAUCUCUUUGCAUGCCCACAGCAUCACUGCGAUGACGCUCACCCUGGAUGCCAGAUAUCUCUUCACAGGCUGUGAGGGUGGUGCGGUGCUUUGCUGCGAGGUGGCACAGAGCACUCUGGACUCCGAGGGCGACUUGUUGCCCAUCUCAGCCACUGAGAUCGAACAACAGAUUGUCCGCUUUAGGCACGGCGAGAACGAAAAGCCGGUCUCCAGCAAGGCACAACGGGAGGAUGAUCGAAAGGCCUUGGAACUGCAGGAGAAGCUUUGGGAGGCUGUGAAGGCUAUCUCGGCAUCAACAGCCAAGCUGGAUGAUUUGCAGAUGAUCCCAAAGACGUAUCUCUCUGACGUCCUCAGCGAGAUCCGCGCCUUGGAAGAUCGCAUGGAUGUCCUGAAGCACGACAGCGAUCGCGUUUUGGAGCAGAAGGAGCAAGAGCUGCAGGACAAGCUUAUAUCCAUUCAAAUGGAGCAGCGAUCGCAAAAGAGCUUGGCCGAUGAGAAGUACGACAAUCUCUUCAUGCAGUUGAAGCAGUCCACCGAGCGCCAUGAGAAGGAGAUGCAAGAGGCCAACACUCAUUUUGACCAUCGCCACAAGAAGAUGCAGGACGAGUUGGAGGGCACCAUCUCGAAGGAAUAUGAGAAGAACAGCAAACUCUUGGAUGAACUCCAAAGCCUUCGCGACGAGUUUGAGGGCGAAAAGACCAAGAUGCUGAAAUCUCAUGAUGAGCAGUUGCUGGAGUUGCGAAGCGCUCAGGAACGAGCCCUAAGAGAUUGGAGGACAGAGUAUGACAAGGUCUGCAGCUUGCUGAAGUCUGAUGGCUUGAAGUUCGAAGAAGCCCUGCGACAGCAGGAGUCGGAGUACGAAAGCCAGAUCGUCGAGAUCAAAGAACGGGAGCGGCGGGCUCUCCAGGACGAGUCCGAAAAGGCCGCGACGGCGCUGAAGGAUGGCGUCAGCAUGAAGCAGACCAUCAGCAUGCUCCAGAACCAGGUGAAAUCCAAGGAUGUGGAGAUCGCCGAGGCUGCGGAGCGUCAAGAGGACCUGAAGAAGAAACUCCAAGCCUCCCAAGAGAUGGUGGAGAAGGUGCGAGCGCAGUUGAAGGAGCGAGAAAGAAGUUUGAAGGUGAAGGAUGAAAGCCUCAACAAGCUCCGAGGGCAGAUGAAGCACCUGGAAAGCUUCCGCUUCGUGCUCUUUCACAAGGUGAGGGCACUGGAGGAAGAGCGAGAUCCGCUGGAAGAGCAGGUCAAUUCGCUGAAGACCAGUGUUCGAGAAAUGUACACCGAGUUCGUUCGGGAGUUCCGGCAGAAGCAGAAGCUGCACCAGACCUUGAGCGACAAGAGUAUGCUGUCAUCAUCCUUGCAGCAGGAGAACGUUGAGUUGCGUGCUCAGCUCGUACAGCUCAAGAAGGAUAGCCGUCGAAUGAUCCAACAGGUGGAGACAGUUCUCCAUCCAGAUACCACCCAUGACUACACGCAGAUGCCAAAGAAGUUGCAGAGCGUGCUGGAGAAGUAUCAGAAGCUUCUGGAUUGGAAGCCCGCGGAUGAGCCGGUGGAAGAGUCGCGCUCGGAAGAAGAGGCCAACGGGAAGGCUCUCAUCGAGGAGAUGGCGAUCCAGCGCGAUCUCCUCUUCCGUCGGAAGGAGAUUGCCACGGCGGCGGCUGAGCAAACCAAGCGCGAGUGCACGCAAGAUGUGCGCAAGCUCACGUCUGAGAACGCGCAGCUUAUCGUCGAGAUGAACACCCUACGGGCUGAAAACAGGUCCUAUCAGAGGAGCUGUCGAGAGAUGGAGGCGAACAUCAUGGCGCUGCGCGCGAAGGCCGGUUCCCGAGGCGGGCCCAUGAACACCUCCUCCUCGGCGCCGAACCUGGUCCGAGAGGCCAAGCAGAGCCGCGUGCUGCCCAACGGCCGGCCACUGGCCAGCUCGGAGACUCCGUAUGUGCGGCGGAAAGUGGUUGACCAGCAGGAGAAGUAUCGCAGACAGCAGGUGAGAGGAGUUCAUCAGCUUCCUCCGAUUGUUCAAAGGAGUAGCAGCCCUGUGUCCUACCGCGGAACCAAUGCACAGGAGACACGCUUCGAGCGCGCGAUGGCGUCCUUCCAUGCAGAGAUGCGGUACUUGCAAGAACAAGGGCUAGAUGUUAGCAAGCUGCACCAAUCAGCCGCGGAGAUUGCUGCUGUACAAGCAGAGCAGGUUCAGAUGACACAGAUGGCAGAGGAGCAGAUCGCACAAGCCCGCAUGGCAUAUGCGGCGCAGAUGGAGCAAGCCCAGAUGGAGCAAGCCCAGAUGGCGCAAGCGCAGAUGGCACAAGGGCAGAUGGAAGCUCAAGUGCCGCAGGAGCAGAAUGUAGAGGCUCAUGAUGGUCAGACAGGAAGUUGAGGCAGCUGUCGAAGACAUGCGCCCAAAGUAAUCUGACUCCGUCUCACCAGUUUCACCGAGUGAACGGCGCGAUGCAUCGUCCUUCACAGCCGAGCCAGACCACUUCGGUAGAAGGUCUAACAUGAUCC